AUGCCUAAACGCAAGCUCGCCGAGUUCAAGGGUCCCGGAUCGACAGAUACCCGCAAGCUUUCAAUGAAAGCCACCCGACUCACCUUCAAGUUCGAACAAAGCGUCCAAAUCAUAAUUAAAGGCCUGAAGACUGCACGUGGAUUCGAACGACAAAAGCUCAGCCGUCGAGAGAAAACCGCCAGAUCCCCAUAUGACUCAGUAACCUUGGCGCGGUUGGCAGAGGAAGUGGAGGCAUUAAAGAAACUCGAUUACCAGACUACCGCCGAGCGAUACUUGUACAAGCAGCUUUCUAAGAUGAAGCGGAUUACGGAGAACCCGAUCUUCAAGGAAUUCCAAGAGGCAAAGAAUGUUUCCACUCAGGGUCCCAAGAGUACUGCGGAGGCCAAUAUUCUGGCGCGACUGUUCAAAUCCACUCCGGUAAAGAAUGUUACGACUACCGUCAUUUCUGAGAUUCGGAAAUUGAUGGGAGUAGAGGAUUUGCCUGCCGGAAAGCAAGACAAGAGCAAGGCGAAGAAGGAUGCGACUACGAAAGAGAAGGCCGAAAAGCCUGCGCGCAAGCAAAAACAGGAGUUUGUAUCAGGCUCUGAGUCUGAAGGAGAAGGAAAGCGGGCUUCUCGUGCUGAUGACAUGGAUAUCUCGGGUGACGAUGAAUCAGGCGUUGAAGAUUUCUCUGAAUUCGACGGACGGUUAGCCCCAGGUUCUGGCUCCGAAGGUGAAGAGUCAGACGAUGAAGAGGCGGAGGCGAACAAUAAUCGCAUCGCAGACGACAUCUCCGACUCCGUUUUUUCACGUUCGCCAUCCCCCGACUUUUCAGGAGAAGACUCAGUAGAAGAAUCCUCACCACCACCUAAAAAGACCAAGGCGAGCAAGGCCCCGCCACAGACCACAACAUUCCUGCCAUCUCUCAUGAACGGUGGUUAUUGGUCUGGCUCUGAAGAAGACGCAACAGACGACGAACAAGCUGCUGCUCCGCCGAAGCGCAAAAACCGCAUGGGUCAACAAGCGCGGCGUGCGUUGUGGGAGAAGAAAUUCGGUCAGCAGGCGAACCACGUAGUGGCGGAACAGAAAAAUCAAAAACGGAACAGGGAUAGCGGAUGGGAUACCAAGAGGGGAGCUACCGGUGCUGCGGGCGGUGCUGGAGGUUCACGGGCUCGACGUGAUGCACCUGCGGCACCGCAGAAUCGAGCACAACGCCGCGCCGCUGGUGAUUUCUCUAGCCACAAGGAGAAGAAAGCAGAUGACACAGGACCUCUUCACCCUUCUUGGGAAGCAAAGAAGAAGCAAAAGGAACAAGCUGCUGCUGUCUUCUCUGGAAAGAAGGUUACAUUCGAUUAA